AUGAACCGGACUUGCAGGUCGUCGACCACCGGAGCAGUCAAGCUCCGCCGGCAACAUCCUCGACUGCCAGAGGGAUUCGUAGAGACAACCAGUACCGGCGGCGGCGGCGGCGACGACACCAGCUUCGCCGUCGUCUCGUCUACUGCGUACAUCUCAUCCCGACGAAGGUCUCCAUCUUCAUCAUUAUUAGAAUCGACGGCGAGAAUCGACAUCAGGAGACGAACACUUCUGUCACGGACUCACGACGUCUUCGCCUCACCGUGCGCCGUCAGUCACCAGAUGCAGGCCGUGAGGACGUCGAUUGCGGAGCAACGGCGGAGGGCGGAGAGCUCGGCUAGACAGAAGAAAGAGCGCUUCACGAGGUUGUGUAGCGGGACGGGAUCUCUGUCGGGAAAGCCGUCAACAACAGCCGCCAAUCUCAUCCCUCCGCCGGAACGUAGGCAAAAUGUCGCGCUGCUCCACCACAAUACAGUCGGGGGGAGGUCGCCGGCGUAUGAAGCAGUUGCCCUGGCGGGCGUCUUUGUGGUGGGGGUGGAGGGCAAAAGCCGGGGAUGGGCGGAGGCUGGAUGCAGUCCGAGGCCGCUGCGGUCAGAUUCCGGUCGCUGUGGUGGUGGAGACGGGCGGAUGCCGGCGGCGGCCCUCCCCAAUGUGUGUUUGUGUGUGUCGUGA